CCAUCUACCAUGUGUGUGUCGUGCUGGCGCACAGCGAGACGGACCGUUACACAAAAAGUGACCGCACCCACAACAAUCGUAUCACAAUCAAGGGCGCAUAGCAGGAUCGCCGCUUCGCGCGCCACUCCGCAGUCGCUAUAUUUCGACUUCCUUGCACCUUCCGUCCUACCAUGGAAAGCUUCAAGACGUAUUCCAGCACACAAUUCAGCAUCCAUACGACCACCAAGCAUAUCACGACGAGCUCUCGCUACAUCAUCUGAUGCCUCAACCGCAAAACCUGCCCAUGUAAUCCAGAAUCCACGAACCGACGACUCGGGCAACCCAAUGUUGAUUUCUAUUGCACCACGUGCAUCGAACCGCCUCUAUAAGAUAUCCACAGGCGACAAUAAUCCAAACCUUGCGCUGCGCGUGACAAUUGAGAGCGGUGGCUGCCAUGGUUUCCAAUAUCUGAUGGACCUAACAGACUUAUCCAAGAAUCCACCUACCGAGGAAGAUACUGUAUUCGAAGGGGAGAAGGGAGAGAAGAUUGUUAUCGAUGAGUCGAGCCUGGAGUUGCUGAGCGGGAGCACAGUGGAUUACACAAUGGAGUUGAUAGGCAGCCAGUUCAAGAUAACAGGCAUACCGGGGGCAACGAGUAGUUGUGGCUGUGGGACGAGCUUUGAUAUUAAGAUAUGAACACAUGGGGGAAGGGUUUUUCUUUUUCCACGCCUCGGCCGAAUAUUUAGCUUAUCAUGGCCAGUUUCCAUUUUAAUUACCACCCGUGAGCAUACAAGGAGCUGUAUACAAACUUUUGUUCUGUAAACACGCGGAUUUU